AUGCUAGAUGGGACCCUACAGACAUGGGAUGGAAGUUGUCCAUUUAUUAAAGGGAGGGCAUUUAUUGGUGGAUUGAAGGAGGAGGAGUUAACAGGCGAACAAUUUGGCAAAUUGGCCUUCAUAGCAAGAAUAUCUUUGUCACUGUCAUCUUCAGAUUUUCCUUUUCAUAUGACAAAGCGUCAAUUUUCAGUUCGCUUGGCAUAUGCUAUGACCAUUAACAAAUCACAAGAACAAUCUGUCAAAUUCGUUGGAGUCGAUUUGCGCACAUCUGUAUUUAGUUAUGGGCAACUAUAUGUGACAUUAUCAAGGUGCACAUCUUUUGACCGUAUAAUUGUCAUUCUCCCCAAAGAAGAAAUAGAUUUCACUACCAAUAUUGUUUACCCUGAAGUUCUGCUGUAG